AUGUUAGCACUUAGAUCUAUAUUGGUCCUAACCACCCUGAUUGUCAAAGUGUGGGCAGGGACGUUUUUGAGCGAUACCAAUCAUCCUUUAUUUCUGAACUACAUGAUCCUUGAUAGUCAAGCUCCCCAAGGGGUGGGUACAGUUAUAUUAACAAAAUCGGACAAAGACGGUGGUCAAAUCGUCUCGGACAGACAACAAGGCAUCGAGUACAAGAAUGAAUUGAACCAGAGGCUCUGGGUUCACAAUGGAAACGAAAAAGCAGUAUUUGUGGAAUUCCCACCAAACGGAGUUGCUCAACUACAAUCGAUUGAGGGAAAACGCCUGUGGCUUGGCGCUCUGGAAAGGCCCUGCAUGAUGAGUAUCUCAAGGUGUGAAGAAAUUACAAAACCUGUACUCAAAGCAAUAAAUGAAGAUAGGUUUAUUCUUCAGGAACCCAAAGAUACAGGACAUCAGAAAGCAAUGGCUCACCUCAUUCAACAGGGGCUCACUAAUGCACAGCCCAAGAUGGAACGGUUUUGGGAGUAUCCUCCCCGAAAGAAUCCCUCAGAUUUCCGGCCAAUUGCUCUAUCCAAAGAUUGGGACAAGAAGCUGCUUAAAGAGGUUCAAUACAGUGGGAAAUUGUGGUGGAUCGUCCAUCCUGAUUUCAUUUCAACUUCAGAAAAUAGUGCUGAACUUCCCUUUCGCAUAACUCGUGCUGUCAUGCCACGGAGAGGUGCUUAUCGAGUAAUCAAAAACGUCGAAGCGAAGCUAUCACAGAAAUCCAUCUCGGUUCACGUGGGGGAUUUUUCAAGGAUCCUACCACCUAUAGCCGCUGGCAACAAGAAGGGCAUAACCUUCACUGAACCCGGCAACUGGGCUGUGAUUACUUGGUUCGAUCGGGAAGCACCACUGGAGCAUGACGUGUACAAGCUCCUUACAAGCUGGAACAACGAUCACAUGAAAAAUAUCAAGUUCGAGGAAGGCGAGGUAGAGCAGGCAAUUCAGCUUGGCUUGUGGGAUAAGUUUACACAUUCUUGUGCCAAAGCAUUGAAACAAGAAGGAUCAGAUUAUGAAUUACUCGGAAAGUUUAAAGCAGAUUGA